AUGAUCAGCAAAAACAAAUAUCGGCUGAUCUUCCAGCGCGAGGUUGCCUUGAGCAGAGGCACAGGAAGCGGGAUCGGCCGAACAAAGCCCAAACCCGACGCCGCCGCUGCUGACAUCAACGCCGAAACGCGAGGAAAAAUACCAAAGCUUAUACAACCCUCCUUUGUUAAAGGCGCUAAAAUGGUCUUAACUAACGCCGUCUACUUCAAAGGCUUUUGGAAAUACCCGUUCAAGCCUCAAAGGACCCACAAGGACAAGUUUUUCGUAACCCCGGAAGAGUCUGUCCAAGUGGAUAUGAUGUCGCAAACGAGAAGGUUCAAUAUUGGACUCGAAGAAGUUUCGCGCCCAGGUGCUGGAGAUGCCCUACAGGGGCGACAGCGCGUCCAUGGUGGUGCUCCUCCCGCGAUGUGGAAGGGGAUCCAAGACGGUGACUGGCUGGUCCAACGCCUGAAGCCCAAGCUCGUGUCCGAGUUGAAGGCGAUGCCCUCCGUCUCGCUGAGAGUCAAGUUUCCCAAGUUCAGCGUGGAGAGUACUCUCGGGGAUGAACUCAUUUCGUUUAAGAAACGUAAUCCUGGGAAGUUAGAUGUAAACCUCUGUUGGCCCUCAAGAUGGUGGCUGAAGGGAAAAUUGGCUCGCGAAGGGUUUCGAGCUUAG